CUGACAUUUUUCUUGGCAGACACGUGAUCGCUACGUACAGUAGCCUAUGUGACGGACCUAUAAAGUUACGGUUUCACGAAAACAGCAGUGCUUCUCUGGUCGUACCUUGCAUUCUUUGUUACUUUUUAGCUUUUAGUGCGGGACUUUUCACAUGGCUAAUGCUAUGUGCCCAAGUCUACCCUCACUUGUCCUUGAGAAGAUCUUUCUGAAUCUGCCUGCAGAGGACGUGGCACUAAACUGUCGUUCAGUGUGUGGUCAUUGGAUGGUGGCGUGCAAAAAACACUGGGUGGAGCGCUGUUGGAGAGAGGGGAUCAUGCCCUCCAGACCUCCGAAAAACUGGCUUCUGUUUUACUUUCUGUCCAAGAAAAGACGUAAUUUGCUCAUAAACCCCAGAUCUGAAGAUGGAUUAAAUGGAUGGGAGAGUGUAGGUGGAGACACCUGGAUGUGUUACAAACGACAGCUGAUUAAUUUGAGAAAGGAUGGCUACGGUCCUGCUUUAAUGGAUGAUAUACAACCUGACAUCAAAAUAUCAGACUGGUAUGCCCCAAACUCAAAUGGCCAGAGUUGUUAUGAGAUCUUGGUAGAGCUGCUUGAUCAGAACAAGAAACCCAUCAAUGUCUUUCACCCUGAACCAGUUAACAUUGAACAGGGGAAUGAUCAGCAGAGUUGUCAAGUGUCACAUGUCUUUAAAGCUUAUGGACCUGGAGUUCGGUUCAUCUGUUUCACUCAUGGAAUGAUAGAUACAGGGAACUGGGCAGGCUCGCAUGGAAUACAGGCUAUUAACAGUAGUGUAGAGAUUUGUCCUGAGAAAGAGUGAUCUUUUUUUUUUUAUUUGCACUGUGUUGCAGUUAUGCUCAUUUACAUUUACACAAUCGGCAGAUGCAUUUAAUUUCUACCCAACUUCUACUCAUGUAAAAUAUUAUAGAUCUUGAAUAACUAGAUGUACAGAACUGUGCAAAAGUCCUAGGCCACCACCACCAGACUUGUUGUUUUAGAAGUUAUAAUGUCCAUCCAUAUUUAUUUUUCAAUCUAUUUUAUUAAGAUACAAACAGAAAAUAUGUGCAAAAAAGUCUAAAGGACUAAAUGUCUUCUUUAGGCAUCGUCUGUGUUUAGUGUGACCUCUCUUGCCACUAAACUCAUCUUUUUUGAGCAGAAUGAAGUAAAAAGACUAAUUUCUUAAAAAAAUAAUUAGGAUUUAAUUUGAUUUAGGUUUAAGAGAUCCUGCAGUUUCCUGCUAUGGCUCAAGUGGAAGGGGAGUUUACCCUAAAAACAUGACAAAUCAGUUUACAUUUGUAUACAGUUUUUAAUACUACAUACACAUUUCCUGUAUUUUCUGGAUGUAUUCUAUUAAAGAGACUGAGAAACAAUUAUAUAUGAGCACUAUAACAUUGCAAAAACAUCAAAUCUAAUUCUGGCAUGGUGGCCUAAGACUUUUGCACAGUACUGUAUCUGUAUGUGUUAUAAAAAUAAUCAAACACCUGGAAAAUCUUGCUGUUUAGUUGCUUUAGCUUGUUUUAAUGCAUGCUUUUGUUCUAAAUAUAAUUCAGUUUUAAGUAAUACUCCAUGCCUCCUGAUUGUGAAACAUUGCCUUAACAGGUUUGUACAUUGUGCAGGCUACAGUAUAUGCAUUAUAUGCUUCUUGUUUGUUUCCUUUGCAUUUAAAUCAAUAUUUAGCUGAUUCAAUUUCAACAUUCUUGGUGGUUCUUUAAGUGUUUUUUUUUUUUCAAACAAAUGAUUUUGCAAUAAUACAAUUAUGCAGAUUUUGAUGAUUUUGCAAUAAUAAAACUUUUCAAAAUGUGUUGCUGUCUUAUUCAAAUACUAUCCAUUACAAAUAUGAUUUAAAUUAGAUUUAUGA